AGAAACUUCGACGAGUGGGGGGUCGAGCGGAGCAGCGAGUACUUGUGUUUUACCGCUGCUUUCGUGUCUUCAGAGGACCGCCUUUCUGUCGCAAGUAAGGAAAGCGCGCUCAGGGGAGGUGGAAGGUGAAGUAGCGGACAAUGGCGCGCUCCGCCUUUCUGGUGGCCUUUGUUCUGGUCGGUGUUGCAGUUCUGGCAAGUGCGGAGGCUCCGCCGGAGGUUACUAUCAGCUAUGUCACCUACAUGGGCUCGGGCUGCAAAUAUGACAACACCAACUGGGUGCUGUCCAACGACUACAAGACGGUCACCUUCAUAUUCGGCGGGAUGGUUGCCAGCACGGACGCGUCCCUCGCCGAAAAGAGGAAGGCCUGCCAGAUGUCUUUCAAUAUGAUCUACCCGGAUGGCUGGAGCGUGUCCUUGGGGCAGGCCACGGGGCGCGGGUUCGCUGAAAUCGGCGAGGAGUCCGCAGGCAUCUAUGAGUCGCACUACUACUUCUCCGGACAAACGGGUACGGCGAUGAUCGAGCGCAAAAUCCAAGGCGCAUUUACUGGCAGCUUCGAGUUCACGGACUACUUCCUGACGCUUGUCUGGAGCGAGUGCAACAACGCACCCAACUUGAACAUCAAGGUGGUGGUGCGAGUGGACGGCAAGAAGGCGACCAUGGCUCUCGACUCCGCCGAUACCAAGUUCCAGCUCAUCUUCAACCUCCAAUGGAAGAGGUGUGCUUAGAACUGAGAACCCAUCCCACCACCAUCUCCCAUGUGGAGGAUAGUGGGUGAGAAGGGUAGGAGAUGUGGGCAGCUGUGCCGUCUUG